AUGGGCAUCGAGGCUGGUGGCACAUCCUAUGAUGACCCUGAUGACCGUGAAGACGAAGAAGAUGAUGAGUAUGAGGAGGCGGUUGGGCCUAACCGUCUUUUGGGUUUCAUGUUUGGAAAUGUAGACAACUCUGGUGAUCUCGACGUUGAUUAUCUUGAUGAGGAAGCAAAGGAACAUCUUGCGGCAGUUGCAGAUAAGCUUGGCCCUGCCUUGACAGAUAUAGAACUGUCAGUGAAAACGCCACAAACACCUUUUGAUGCUGCUGAGCAAGAUUACGAUGAGAAGGCAGAAGAUGCUGUCGAUUAUGAAGAUAUUGAGGAGCAGUAUGAAGGACCAGAGGUCCAAGCAACAACUGAGGAGGACUUUCUGCUGCCAAGAAAGGAAUAUUUUUCCAAGGAUAUAACAAUCAGUAGUUUUGGGAAUAAUAAUUCUUUAUAUGAUGAUGAAAAUUAUGAUGAGGAUGAAGAUUUAGAGCAGAAGGAUGAGGUGGCUGCGCCCUCUGCUGAAGUGAAACCAGUCGUUUCAUCAGGUGAUGUCCAAGGAAAGAAGAUUGAUGAAGAAGUUGUAGCAGGAGAUGCAUUUCAUGAUGAACUGGAAUCUGAGGAGGAGCUUUUGGAGACCAUGGGAAAGGUCUCUUUUGACAGUAAUACAACGGCACUACCAGUUAUUCAUCGGGAAGAUGGGGUGGAUAUUCUGCGUUUUUCUGAAAUAUUCGGUCUCUACAAGCCGUUGAAGAAGACUGGGAAGAAGGAUCGCAAGUACCAUGUUCCUAGAGAAAAACUCAAGAUUUCAAUCACAGAAGAGAUUGUUGAAGAAGAUGAGGAGGCAUUCUUGAAAGAAUCUUGCCUAAAUGUUGGUGAUGUCAGAGUGCCACAAGUGAUUCAAGAUUAUGUUCCAGCACCUAUUAAUGAUGAUUACUUGGGUUCAAGGCAGUUUGGGAGUAUGCAGGUUAGUGGGGAAAUUGAGGAGGAAAGAACAGAUUCUUGUCGGAGUUCUGAGCCAUUUGGAGAAAAUCUGCAACCAUUGAUUCCAGCAGAUUGGAACUUGCCUUUUCGUCGGGAGUUCUAUCUUCUUGAUCAACAGAACUGGGAGGAUAGUAUUAUUUGGGAUAAUUCACCAGCAAAUGUUUGCAGCAUUGCUGAGAGUUGUGAGAUGUCGGGAUCUGAUUCGGAUGAAUCAGGUUCUCACCACAAUAGUCUUAAGAGUGAGCCAAAAUCUUUGAUGUCGAAUUUGGAAACAGAACAUUCUGAAAUUGAUGAACCUUCUAUUCAGUUUGAUUUCUGCAUUUCAGUGGAGCCUUUUGGCUCUGGAAGUCUUUCUGAUUCACCGGAGUUGCCAGGCUCACUGAGAACAUUUCACCCGCAACAAUUGAGGUUGGAAUCUCGAAGCAGUGAAGAUAAUCCAAGCAUUGCCGAGGGCAAAAAUGGUGUCUCAGAAGAUAACCUUCGAAAUUACUCCAGGCGACAGUUUAACCGGGUUAUGUUGCAGAACAGAGAUUUACUGGAGGGAUCUUGGCUGGACAAUAUAAUCUGGGACCCUGAUCAGGCUAUUUCAGAUAGAAAAUUAAUAUUUGAUUUCCAAGAUGAGCAAAUGCUUUUUGAAAUUCAAGAUAACAAGGAUGGUAAGCACUUGAGGCUUCAUGCUGGUGCUAUGAUCAUAACCCGAUCAGUUAAGGCCAGCAGUGGGGAUUUGCUUGAGCAACCUGGCCAUGGUGGUCCUUCUGGUGUACGGUUCAAUAUUUCCAAUGAUAAAUUCUACUCAAAUCGCAAAUCUUCUCAGCAGCUUAAAUCACACGUGAAGAAACGUGCAGCUCAUGGUCUCAAAGUUUUUCAUUCGAUCCCUGCUCUCAAGUUGCAGACGAUGAAACCUAAGCUGAGCAAUAAAGAUAUUGCCAAUUUUCAUCGCCCAAAGGCUUUAUGGUAUCCUCAUGAUAAUGAGGCAGUGCUGAAGGAACAGGAGAAGCUGCCCACGCUGGGGCCUAUGAAGAUUAUCUUGAGGAGUUUAGGAGGCAAAGGAUGUAAACUUCAUGUCGAUGCUGAAGAAAUGGUGUCCUCAGUUAAAGCAAAAGCUUCAAAGAAGCUAGAUUUUAAACUGUCGGAGCCUGUGAAAAUAUUUUAUUCGGGAGCCGAGUUAGAAGAUGAUAAAACUCUUGCUGCGCAAAGUGUCCGACCAAAUUCCUUGCUGCAUCUUGUUCGUACCAAGUUACAUUUACUGCCACGGGCCCAGAAACUUCCUGGUGAGAACAAGUCUCUGCGUCCUCCUGGGGCUUUUAAGAAGAAGUCUGAUCUGUCAGUAAAGGAUGGUCAUGUCUUCUUGAUGGAGUAUUGUGAGGAAAGACCUUUACUUCUGGGAAAUGCUGGAAUGGGUGCUAGAUUGUGCACUUACUACCAAAAGUCAAAUCCGAGCGAUCAAACAGGAAAUUUAAUGCGCAAUGGAAACAAUGGCUUGGGGAGUGUUAUAGUUCUGGAUCCUGCUGACAAGUCCCCUUUCCUUGGGGACAUAAAACCUGGUUGCAUCCAGUCAUCUCUUGAGACUAACAUGUAUAGAGCACCAAUUUAUCAGCAUAAGGUUUCGUCAACUGAUUAUUUAUUGGUCCGAACUGCGAAGGGGAAACUUUCAAUAAGACGGAUAGACAGGAUUAAUGUUGUUGGACAACAGGAGCCUCAUAUGGAGGUGAUGUCUCCGGGAUCAAAAGCUGUUCAGACAUAUAUUAUGAACAGGUUGUUAGUGUAUAUGUAUCGUGAGUUUGUAGCUGCUGGGAAGCGUGUCUCAAGGCCUUCUAUCCGGGCCGAUGAGUUAUCAGCGCAUUUUCCAAGCCUGACGGAAGCUUUUCUACGGAAACGACUAAAACAUUGUGCCGAUCUGCAGAGAGGUCCAAAUGGACAGCUUUUUUGGAUGAUGAGACGCAAUUUUCGCAUUCCUUUGGAGGAGGAAUUGAGAAGGAUGGUGACCCCGGAAAAUGUAUGUGCCUAUGAAAGCAUGCAAGCUGGCUUGUACAGGCUUAAAAGGUUGGGCAUUACCAGGUUAACUUCACCAGCGGGCCUCUCAUCUGCAAUGAAUCAGCUUCCAGAUGAAGCAAUUGCUUUAGCUGCUGCAUCUCAUAUUGAGAGGGAACUGCAGAUUACACCAUGGAACUUGAGUAGUAACUUUGUUGCCUGUACUAGUCAGGACAGGGAAAACAUUGAGCGCUUGGAGAUCACUGGCGUUGGUGAUCCAUCUGGGCGUGGACUUGGUUUUAGUUUUGUUCGUAAUACUCCAAAAGCUCCAAUGUCAAAUGCUGUAGUGAAGAAAAAAGCAGUUAUUGGUAAAGGUACGACAGUGACCGGUACUGAUGCUGAUCUACGUAGGUUGAGCAUGGAAGCAGCACGAGAGGUUCUUCUCAAAUUCAAUGUUCCGGAUGAACAAAUAGAUAAGCAGACCAGGUGGCAUCGCAUUGCCAUGAUUCGCAAGCUUUCAAGUGAGCAAGCUGCCUCCGGGGUGAAGGUAGAUCAAACAACUAUCAGCAAGUAUGCUCGUGGGCAGCGGAUGUCUUUUAUGCAGCUGCAGCAGCAAACUCGGGAGAAGUGUCAAGAAAUUUGGGACCGACAAGUGCUUAGUCUGUCUGCUGUUGAUGGUGAAGAAAAUGAAAGUGACUCUGAGGCCAAUAGCGACCUGGAUUCUUUUGCUGGAGAUCUUGAAAAUCUUCUGGAUGCUGAAGAAUAUGAAGAUGGUGAUGUGGGUAAUAACGUUUCCAAGCAUGAUACUGUUGACGGAGUCAAAGGGCUUAAAAUGAGAAGGCGCCCAUUUCAAGCUCGUGCCGAAGAGGAUAUUGAAGAUGAGGCUGCUGAGGCAGCAGAGUUAUGCCGAAUGCUUAUGGAUGAUGAUGAAGAUGAUCGGAAGAAGAAGAAGAAGAAGAAGGUUAUAGUUGUAGGGGAACAACUUGGUCCUAAUCAUGUUGAACGAGUACAGAAAGUGAAAAACGUCAUCAAGCGAAACAAGCAACCAAAUUCACUACCUCAGUCAAUGGAGAAUGUUGGUAGGGAUCAGAAAGAGGAGGACAAUCUUUCGGCUAAAAGGGAUUUAUCUGGCAAGCCGAAAACGAAGAAGAAAGUUGACAUUGAGGCGGCAGAACUAUUCACCAAGAAAGUCAUAAUUGUUGGUGAUAAUUUAAAGCAGAAUUUAAAGGAAAAGAAAUCAGCACGAGAAAGUUUUGUGUGUGGAGCUUGUGGCCAGUCUGGUCAUAUGAGGACAAACAAAAAUUGCCCCAAGUAUGGCGAAGAUCUUGAAGCAUCACGGGUUGAGAACGCUGAUUCUGAGAGGCCUUCUGGGAAACUUAAUACUUCAGAUCAGGUAGAUCAACCCCUGCAGAAAACUUCGAUAAAGAAGAUCAUACAGAAAAGCGCCACAAAAAUUGCCUUGGUUGAAGCUCCUCCCGAGGAUGACAAAUCUACUCCGAAGGCAAAAAUAUUGAAAGUUAAGUGUGGCCGAACUGAUAAACUCGCUGAAAAACUCACUCCUGCGACGUCAAUCAGUUCUGAUAAGCCUUCAACAUCAGAUGCUGAUACAGGAAGUAAAGCUGUUAAAAAAAUUACCUUUUCAAACAAGGCAAAACCAGAAGUUAUGCUGGGGGACUCUCACAGGCCUCCCAAUAUUUUUAGACCAUCUACAGAGUUUGAGCUGGGGGAGUCUCACAGGCCUCCCAAUGUUUUUAGGCCAUCUACAGAGUUUGAUAAAGAGCAACCUCGGAGAAAAAUUAUUAUCAAACAACCUAAGGAAAACAUUUACAAACCACCUAAGGAGAUCUUCAAUGUAGAUGAUCUAAGUCAGGAAGGAGAUAUAGGCUUUGAGUAUAGGAAAACAAAGAGAUUAAUGGAAUUGUCAACUCUUGAUGUGCGUAGAGAGAAGAAAUACAAACAAUCUUCUGAACAUGCUAUAAGCAAGAAGAACAGGGAGGAUAGGAGAUGGGUGGAAGAGGAAGAGAAAAGGAGGAUUGCGGAUAGACAAAGAGAAGAAAGGGUUAGGAGGUUAUAUGAUCAAAGAGCUAUGGAAGAGCAGGAGAGAUUAGCUGAGAUGAGAAAUUAUGAAGAGGUCAUGCGCUUGGAGAGAGAAGAAGAAGAACGCCAGAAGGCACAAAAGAUGAAGAAGAAGAAGAAGAAGAAGAUGAAACAUGAAACCCUAGACGACUAUCCUCCUAGAAGGAAUGACUGGAGGAUACCAGAAAGAACAGCUAAAAAGAGGGCAGUGCCUGAUGUUGGAAGGUUCGGUGCAGGCUAUGGCCCAGCUACAAAGCGCAGACGUGGUGGAGAGGUUGGUCUGGCAAAUAUCCUUGAACGCGUUGUGGAUGCUCUCAAGGAAUCGCAGGUUUCGUACCUCUUUGUGAAGCCAGUCACCAAGAAGGAAGCUCCUGACUACCAUCGGAUAAUUGAGCGACCCAUGGAUCUGUCCACGAUAAAGGAGAAGGUAAGGAAGAUGGAGUAUAAAGGUCAUGACGAAUUCAGGCAUGAUGUAUGGCAGAUCAAAUUCAAUGCCCAUAAGUACAAUGAUGGACGCAACCCGGGUAUUCCUCCUCUUGCUGACGAGCUCCUGUGGCUUUGUGACAAGUUGUUGGAAGAAAAUCGUGAUGGCUUGUUAGAAGCUGAAGCUGGUAUUCAACAUGAUUCUUAG